CAGGGCCCCCGAGGGGCCGGGCCGCGCUGGGCGGCGGCGCUGCCCGGGGCGCGGGUGAGGCGGUCCCGGCGGCCGCCCCGGGGCUGGUGCCGGUGGAGCUCCCCAGCCGUGAGCUGCAGCCGGAGCACGGCGUCCCCUCUGCUCUCCCCGGGGACCCCGGCGUGCCAGGCUCCUGGUCUGCAGCACCAUGCUGGAUCCCAAGUCUCACUCUGCAAGUCGGAGGUGAAUCCAGGUGAAAGCCAGCUAUCACAGUAGAUGUCAGGAUGACCAAAGCACGGCUCCUCCGUCUCUCUGUGGUGCUGGUCUCCAUCUUCAUGAUCCUCCUGAUCAUUGUGUACUGGGACAACGUGGGAACGGCUCACUUCUACCUGCAUACAUCCUUCUCCAGGCCUCAUUCCCCGGGAGCCAUCCCUGGUAUCACGGCAGGUGAAGACUGGGAAGCCUUGCCAGAUGUAGAUGAAUUUCUGGCAAAGCUGCUUAGUUCGAGCCUGAAACAGAAUAGCUCUAUCCCCCGAAAGACAGAGCAGCUACUCAUCCAGGGCUCCAACAAGCCUGUGGUGAGCAAUUUGGAGGAGAAUGUGCGGGGCUACGACUGGUCUACGCACAAUGACAGAAACAGCCUGGACCAAGAGAAACUGCAGAUAGAGAGGCAGAGAACGUUGCGUGAGUUUUGUGCCAAUUCCAGCUUCACCUUCCCCACCAAGGAGCGCUCCUUUGAUGACAUCCCAAACUAUGAGCUCAAUCACCUGAUUGUGGAUGACCGCCAUGGCAUCAUCUACUGUUAUGUCCCCAAGGUGGCCUGCACCAACUGGAAACGCGUGAUGAUUGUGCUAAGUGAGAGUCUGCUGGACCAGGGGGUCCCAUACCGGAACCCUCUGGAUAUACCCCGGGAGCAUGUCCACAACACCAGCACCCACUUGACCUUCAACAAAUUCUGGCGCCGUUAUGGGAAGUUCUCCCGGCACCUCAUGAAGAUCAAGCUGAAGAAGUACACUAAGUUCCUCUUUGUACGAGACCCUUUUGUCCGCCUCAUCUCUGCCUUUCGCAGCAAAUUUGAGCUGGAGAACGAGGAGUUCUACCGGCGUUUUGCCAUCCCCAUGCUAAAGCUGUACUCCAACCAUACCAACCUUCCCACCUCUGUUAGCGAGGCCUUUGGGGCAGGCCUCAAAGUCUCCUUUUCUGACUUCAUCCAGUACUUACUGGAUCCCAGGACAGAGAAGAUGGCCCCCUUCAAUGAGCACUGGAGGCAGGUUUACCGUCUGUGCCAUCCGUGCCAGAUAGACUAUGAUUUCAUCGGAAAGCUGGAGACGCUGGAUGAGGACGCUGCUUAUCUAUUGCAGCUCCUCAAAGUGGACAGGCUUCUUCGCUUCCCCCCCAGCUACCGGAACAGGACUGCCAGCAGCUGGGAAGAUAACUGGUUUGCCAAAAUCCCACAGGCUUGGAGGCAGCAGCUCUACAAGCUUUAUGAAGCAGAUUUUGUACUCUUUGGCUACCCCAAGCCAGAAAACUUGCUUAAAGACUAAAAGUGACUGGGCGGUGGGUGUGGGAGGGAACAUCUGAAAUACCAAAAAUGUUUAAAGCCUCCUCAUUUUUGCUCUUAACUCCUUUCCCCUUACAGGUUGGUACAAUGGAAUAUAUUUUUUCUACCAUUUCCCCGUCCGUUUUUUCAAUAAUGCCAGAGCCCAGGGUAUUCCAGCCAGCUGUGCGUACGCAAAAAAUGCCAGGUCUUUUUGUUACAAUUUGUUUUCUUUUUUUAAAAAAUGUCCCCAUGUUUUGCAGUGGGUCGCUGCCCUUGGUCACUCUGCCAGCUGUGUCCUUCAGUAGCUUUUUAUUAAUACUUUUUUAAAAUUAAUAUAUUUAAGAUAUUUAAUACAAAGUGUGUGUUGUGGCAAAGGAAGGGAAGGAAUAAAAAGUAAAAGAAAAACCCAAGAAUUUAUGCACCUGCCUCUGUGUGUUGUCUCAAGGCUGCUGUUCCAGAGGUCUGAGGUUUGCAGAGCACUCAAAUCUCUGGGGUCUGGGUUUGUCAGUGGUGCCUUCACCAGCCAGGUCUGCCGGUGGUUGCUCUGAGUCGGGCUCAAGGCAGAUCGGAUGGGUCAGUGCCUCACUCUGCCAGACAGCCCUGGAAGAAUACCAGCGCUCUGGUGACGAGCGCUGCUCACAGCUGGUGAGCAUGACAUGACGCCAGGGUCGCAGGAAGGAAAUGGCGGUUGGGAGCAGUGACAGCAAGCCUCGGGGGGUGUUUCAGGACAUGCAGGUGGCCAACACAAUACCCCUGCACUGCUUUACCUUUUGGCAAACUGGUGGUAGGAUUUUACUUUCCAAAAAGCUGAGGUUCCUCAGCUGCUGUGUACCUUGCUAGCGUGGAGCAUCUUCCAUGACAUGUCCCGUUCAGGACGGUGCCUGAAGUUCUUGGGGGUUGUGGCCAACCUGGAUGGGCAAAGCGUGCUCCUGGAUGGACGUGCUGUCCAGAGACUGGCAUCCAGGCUUCACACUGCAGCACUUAGGCAUAAGCGCAGAUUGCCGUACCGCAGCUGGUUACAGGACGGGGAGGUGGUGUGCUUCUCCGUGGCCUGGUCACUCCUGCAAACAGUGCAGGUCCCUUGAGAACUGUGCUAUGUCCUCGUUCCUGUGCGUGCUUUAAGGGGGACGUGGCAGGGAUGCAGAUGCUUACCCCUGGAAGAAGAUGAUCUGAAAGGUUUCUUUCGAUCAGCAGGUGUCAAGGUGAGCUCAAAAUUCAUUUGAUUUCAGAGCGCCAGCUACUGCUCGUGGUGCUGCAUCCUUAUCCGCUGCCUUUCUGUCUAUACCAAAUGACUGAUGCAAAUUUAAUCAUCUGCCUUGCUGGGACCUGCUGCAGGAGUGAUGGUUGCCCACUGUGCUGGGAGCAUAUGGGCUGCUUCCCAAAGGAAAUUAAUGCUUUUAGAGAGACUUUUUGUGUCUCAUCAGCUGAAUCUGCUUCCCUUUUUCCCUCUGAAUUGCUCUGCAAAAACUGUCUGCUUAGCAGAAUGGGCAGGCAACUCUUUUAGAGCUGAAAUGCUUAAUUAUUUCCCUGGCCUGGGGAUGCUAUCAGGGAUGAACAUCCAAGGUCAGGCCUUGGGAGGCAGCCUUGUGUUUUGGGCAGACUUCUUUAUUUUGGCCUUUUACUCAGUUUCUCUCCGAGGCCAUCAGCAGGCACGACUUUUCCGCUCUCUCUCCUUGCUUCCCCAGCCUCUGUACGCAUACAUCUCUUGGCAUUGCAUCCUCUUCCUACCAAAUAUGUUGUUUCAAGCUUUUUAACCUAUAAAUGAAAGGUAAUUGCUAGUAGUUAAGCUCAAAGCCAACGGCUUGUUUCUCAUUGUAUUCACACCACUCUCCUGUAAUUUCUGCAGAGAUAUUUGCAGUUUAAAUGAGCCUGAAGCUAUGACCGGAGUCUCGGUGCUUAGCUCUUCACAGCUUGGGGAAGAAGGAAGUGCCUGUUUCUGAGCCAUUAUUUAAAACUAAUAAUAGAAAAGUGUUGAUCUAUUCAAAUAUUUUUUUUUCCAGUUACCACCUAAUUACUGCAAAACAGAAAGGUGUUGAGAAUCUCGUCUCCUGUAAUGAGUAAUCCCUAGAGUCUCUUGGUUCUUGCUACCUUUACAUUUCUUCAGGGUGGAUUCAUCUGGCUCUUCAAAGAUACAGACAGCAUGGAUGUUUUCACCUCUUGUCUUUACACAGUGUUUAUUUUUUUUACUUUUUAAUUUAGAUUUAAUUGACAUUUAGUAUGUGUAGAGGUGGGUGGCUGGGACCGUAGCACGGGUGCUGUGCGAGCUUCCUUCCAGCUGCUUCCCCUGUGCCUCUUGAUCUGGUCCUGUCGCUUCCUGCCCCUCCAACCAGUGCUUGGCCAACGCACACCUACGACGCCGGCUCACCCUGCAACCCGGCUGCUGCCUCCUCAGCUACAGUCGGCCUGUGAUUCAUGGCCGUGGCUUGUCCCAGGCAAGAGCUCGGGACCGUCUUUUCAGGUUCACCAGCUGUCAGUCAGUUAUUCGGGGCAGAGGAGGAAUGGGUUGCGGAGUGUUACUGUUGGUUGAGGCAGCAGGGUCCUGGUUGUGCAAUUGGCAGAGAAGGUGCAAAAUGGCUGCAAACCCUGCGCAGCAGCUGCUUCACGUGAUGGGAGAGCGUACCCUCUCCUUAUGGCUGCCUUGUAGUUUAACAGCAACAGAAGAAAAAGCCCUCCCUUCCCUUGCAGACAUUGGCUAGAGAAGGGAGACUUGGAACGCUUGGACUUCUCUCUCCCCAUCCAAAGUGAGAUAAAGGGGCUAAACCCCAGCAUUCUGUGCUAAUAGCACACUAUGUCAUGCUGAAUUCCAAAGCACUCUGUACGCAAGGUUCAGCAGGCUGCCUGGAACCCAAAUGGCUUCAUCAGCCUCUGUAAGAGCUUCAUUCGGGAGGAUGGAUGGAUGCCAUAAGGCCACUGAGGGCUCUGUCUUCUGUACUUUCCCUCUUUCCCCCUGUUGAGUCCAGCCUGUGCUGAGAUUUAAGCCAUUUUACUGUUCAUAGACCCAUGCCCAAUCGAUGUGCUGGGUGCUGUUGGCUCCCUCCUCGUUUCCCAUUGCUGUGCUUCAAAGUGCUUGCCGGGAGGAGCUGUAGAGCUCAGAUGGAGGGGGUUCACGUUGCAGUGGAUGGCUUCUGGGUUCAAAAUAGCUUGUUCCUUGCUGCUCUUUUCCUUUGAAGCCCUCCCUCCCCACCCUUCCACCACUGUGAAUGUAUUGUUAAGAAGUCAAAAGGGAUCCAGGCUGCGCUGAGCUUUGUGGUAAGACCACUGAGUUGCCAGAACUGGGACGUAGCCUCUGGCUUUGGGAAUGUGCAUUUUUUGUGGGUUUCUUGCUCUGUUCUGAUUAUGUAAAAGUGUACGGGGGACAGGGGAGAGAAGGACAAAGAGUUCAACCAGCCGUGCUUCCUCCCCCCCUGGUUUCCUAAAGAAGCUGGAAUUUGGUAUUUGACAAAUAAUGGUAGAAUGAUCGGAAAGGGCAGGCAGUAUGCACCCGUGCUGGCCUGAAGUCAGAAGAGGACUAAAAAUCCUGGAGUGUAGAUGGUUAUGAUGCUAGUACUGAUUUUAUAAGGGCUGGAAAAAUGCUUUGAAGCGGCCUAUUUGUGUCUGAAUAAACCUGGCUUUGUCA